AUGGAUGGCCUAGAAGAGUUCGAGCAGAAGCUCGCCGCCGAAAAGGCCGAGCGCGAUAAAUCAGAGCAGGACCGUGAGCGACGCCAUCACAAGCAUCGACACCACCAUCGUCGAGAACGAGACGGCGAAGAUAGAGAACGCGAAGAGCGACACAGACAUCGGCAUCGCGAUAGCGAGAAGGAUCGGGAGGGAGACAAAGGAAGGGAUAGAGAUCGCGAACGAGAUCGGGACAGAGACAGGGAUAGGGAUAGAGACAGAGACAGAGAUGACAAUCGCCACGAGGAGAAACCUGCCGACAAUUCGAAGCCGCUAGAGCGAGAUGCCUGGAUGACGGCGCCAUCUGCCUUCGAAGUCGAACAUGUUCAUCGCCCUGGGCAGAACAAACCCCGGUCGCCGACCCCAGAACCUCCCAAACGAGUGAUACAUAGUCGCGAGCUUAACGGCGGCCACUUAGAGGACCUCAACAGCGGCAAGUCGUCAUCUGGCCUAGAGCAGCCAUUCGAAAGGACUGUCGAUUACACCUUUGGCGACUCUGGCUCCUCAUGGCGAAUGACCAAGCUGAAAGCUGUUUACACCACCGCUGAGGAAACAGGGGAAUCGGUCGAAGAGAUUGCUCUAAAACGAUUCGGUAGCUUGGAGUUCUUUGAUGAUGCGCGCGAGGAAAAAGAAGAGCUAGAACGGAGGCGAUUAUACGGCGAGGAUGCCAAAACAAAAGACAAGCCUACUGGAGAAUUCUACAAGGAACGCAUCAAGGACCAGAGACCUUCGCAGCCCAUCAGAGAAUUCCAACAAGGCGAGAUUAUACAAGAGAACCCAGCCCAGCGUACUGCUGUUCCAAUGGACCAAACCGCGUUGAACAGACUCCGAGCCCAGAUGAUGAAGGCAAAGCUACGAAAGGCACCCAAUGCCGCUCAGCUAGAAGAAGAAUACAACCUUGCCGCCGCUGCGGUAGCUCCUCACUCCAAUGCACCUGAAGCAGUCGUAUUGGGUGUCAUGGAGAGUCGGCAGCUUGCCGGCACUCGCGCAGAGGUCAAGGCCGUCGACACCAAGCGUGGACGUGAGCGCGGCCUCGUCGAAGAGAACACCGACAUGACGAUUGAGCAAAUGCUCCAGGAGGAACGCCGAACCAAGGGCCAAGCCGGUGGUGAAGGCUUACGGCUCGCCGAGCGAAUCGCCAAAGACGCCAAGUUUGACAACGAUCUCGAAUACAUGGAUGAAAACGCCGAGAAGCUCGCAAAACGUGUGCACAAGAGCGAGGUCAACCUCAAGAACAUGGCCGUCAGCGAGUUCCAGAAGAUGAACCGCAUCCUCGAGAACUGCCCCCUCUGCCACAAGGAAGACAAGGGACUGCCACCCAUUGCGCCAGUCGUUUCGCUCGCUACGCGUGUCUUCAUGACGUUGCCCACAGAGCCUGAAAUCAGCGAGGGAGGCGCCGUCAUUGUUCCCACGGCGCAUCGAAAUAACCUCCUCGAGUGCGACGACGACGAAUGGGAGGAGAUUCGCAAUUUCAUGAAGAGCCUCACGAGGAUGUACCACGACCAAGGCCGCGAAGUCAUCUUUUACGAAAACGCCGCCGCGCCGCACAAGCACAUGCAUGCCGCCAUGAUGGCCAUCCCCAUCCCUUACGACCAAGGCGCCAUGGCCCCCGCCUUCUUCAAGGAGGCCUUUCUCUCAUCCGACGAAGAAUGGUCUCAACACCGCAAAAUCAUCGACACGGGCGCUAAAGCUCGGGAUGGCAUGGGCCGCUCAGCGUUUCGCCGGUGCAUCGCCAAGGAGAUGCCUUACUUUCACGUGUGGUUUACGCUGGACGGGGGCUUGGGCCAUGUUGUCGAAAACGCGGAUCGUUGGCCCAAGGGAGAUCUCUUUGCGAGGGAGAUUAUCGGUGGUAUUGUGGAUGCCGAUGCGCACAUCAUCAAGAAGCAAGGGCGGUGGGCGAAGCUCGAUAAUAGGGUUGAUGGGUUCAAGAAGGGAUGGAGGAAAUUCGACUGGACGAGGGUGUUGGCUGAUUCUUGA